AAAAAAAAAAAAAAAGUUGGAGGAAAAUCUCGAGAAGUUUGUCAGCUCUCUUCUGAAGCUCCACGACAGACGCCACGCCGACGCGACAAUUGAGUGGGCAUUCGGCGGCGGAAGGUUUUAUUUUAUUUUUGGUUCGCGUGGGGAGAAGAAGCUGGAAAGAUGUCGACGACGGCUUUGUACAACGACCAAGGAGGAGCGGAGCCUGCGGUGGAGGCUUCCCAGGAGAGCGCCCCGGCCGCCGGGGCCGCCUUCGGUCUCUUCAGCGCUGACUUUAAAAAGAAUGAAGACCUCAAGGAAAUGCUGGAGAGCAACAAGGAGUCGCUCAAACUGGAGGCCAUGAAGAGAGUCGUCGGGCUCAUCGCCAAAGGAAAGAACGCCUCGGAGCUGUUUCCCGCCAUCGUCAAGAACGUGGCGAGUAAGAACAUCGAGCUGAAGAAACUGGUGUACGUGUACUUGGUGAGGUACGCGGAAGAGCAGCAGGACCUGGCCUUGCUCUCCAUCAGCACUUUCCAGCGGGCCCUCAAGGACCCAAACCAGCUGAUCCGGGCCAGCGCACUGCGGGUUUUGUCCAGCAUCCGCGUGACCAUCAUCGUCCCCAUCAUGAUGCUGGCCAUCAAGGAGGCUGCGGCCGACCUGUCGCCGUACGUCAGGAAGACGGCCGCCCACGCCAUCCAGAAGCUUUACAGCCUGGAUCCUGAGCAGAAGGAGCAACUGAUCGAAGUGAUCGAGAAGCUGCUGAAGGACAAAAGCACGCUCGUGGCGGGCAGCGUGGUGAUGGCCUUCGAGGAGGUGUGCCCGGACCGCAUCGACCUGAUCCACAAGAACUACCGCAAGCUGUGCAACCUGCUGGUGGACGUGGAGGAGUGGGGCCAGGUGGUCAUCAUCUCCAUGCUGACGCGAUACGCCCGCACGCAGUUCACCAGCCCCUGGAAGGAGGGUGCUGCGGUUGAGGAAGACUACAAUAAGGCUUUCUACGACUCGGACUCGGAGGAGAAAAAAGACCCGGAAGGAGCCAAACCGUACACGAUGGACCCGGACCACCGACUGCUGCUCCGGAACACAAAGCCGCUUCUGCAGAGCCGUAACACGGCGGUGGUGAUGGCGGUGGCGCAGCUGUACUGGCACCUGGCGCCCAAACAGGAAGUCAACGUGGUCACCAAGUCGCUGGUGCGCCUGCUGAGGAGCCACAGAGAGGUGCAGUACGUGGUUCUCCAGAAUAUCGCCACCAUGUCCAUCCAGAGGAAGGGGAUGUUUGAGCCCUUCAUGAAGAGCUUCUACGUCCGAUCCACAGACACCACGCACAUCAAAACACUGAAGUUGGAGAUCCUGACCAACCUGGCGAAUGAGGCCAACAUCUCCACCAUCCUGCGGGAAUUCCAGACGUACGUGAAGAGCCAGGAUAAAGCCUUCGCGGCGGCCACCAUCCAGGCCAUCGGGAGGUGCGCCACCAAUAUCGGCGAAGUGACGGACACUUGCCUCAACGGUCUGGUUCUGCUGCUGUCCAACAGAGAUGAGGGGGUUGUGGCAGAGAGCGUGGUGGUGAUCCGGAAGUUGCUGCUGACCCAGCCCACCCAGCACAGCGAGAUUAUCAAGCACAUGGCCACGCUCUUCGACAAAAUCACGGUGCCCAUGGCUCGGGCCAGCAUCCUGUGGCUGAUGGGCGAGUACUGCGAGCGCGUGCCCAAGAUUGCGCCUGACGUGCUGCGCAAGGUCGCCAAGACCUUCACCGCGGAGGAGGACAUCGUCAAGCUGCAGGCCGUCAACUUGGCGGCCAAGCUCUACCUCACCAACUCCAAGCAGACCACGCUACUGACCCAGUAUAUCCUCAACCUGGGCAAGUACGACCAGAACUACGACAUCCGAGAUCGCACCCGCUUCAUACGCCAGCUGAUCGUGCCCAGCGACAAAAGCGGCAACCUCAACAAAUACGCCCGCCGCAUCCUUCUGGCAUCCAAGCCCGCCCCCGUGCUCCAGUCAGCCUUCAAAGAUCGCGAUCGUUUCCAGCUGGGCACGCUCUCCCACAGCCUCAACAGCAAAGCCGCCGGAUACCAGGAGCUGUCCGACUGGCCCGCGGUGGCACCCGACCAGUCUGUGAGGAAUGUGGAAGUCAUUGAGCCAGUCAACGAGUGGGCGCCGCUGGUUGGGAAGGCCAAGCCGCCCGAAUCGGAUGAAAAGUUCUACUCUGACGAGGACCGAGACAAGAAGGACGACUCUUCCGACAGCAGUGACGACGACGACGACGACAGCAGCAGCAGUAGCAAUGAAGAAUCUGGAAGUAGCAGUGACGAAGAAUCCGAUAAGAGAUCCACUGAUUCUGGCAAAAGUUCUGGUGAAUCAGAAAGCAGCUCCGGCGAGUCCGAAUCCGAACGCAAGAAGAAAACCAAGAAAGCUCAGGCGGGGAAACGCAAGCAAAGCACCGCUGACAGCAGCGACUCCGAUAAAAGUGACGACGACCCCAUGACGGAAGGCAGCGGCUCGUCCUCCGAAAGCUACUCAUCCGAGACGGAUUCGAACUCGGAAUCGGUUCCUGCCGCAGUGCAACAGAGGAAGAACGACGUCAAGUCCAAACCCAAAGGGGGCGACGGCGCCAAGAAGGAAGUGUCCUUGCUUGAUCUCGAUGACUUUUUGGUGCCUCCCACAAACACAACCAAAUCCUCGGCACUUUCUCCGAGUUUGCUGUCCGACCUGGAAGGACUUUCGCUCUCUGGCGUCUCCGCCACCACGCAGGUGACGAUUCCAACUUUCGGGCCUGUGAAAUGCUACGAGCUGCUUCACCACAUGAGCGGUAAAGGCCUGUCCGCCAAGUACCACUUCCCCCGGCAACCCUGCUUGUACGGGCCCGGCAUGGUGGCCGUGCAGGUCACGCUGAGCAACUGCUGCGAGCGCCCCCUGGAGGAGAUCCACGUCAGGCAGAGCAGCCCCGCCGCCCUCAAGAUUCACUCUUUCAACCCUAUCGAACGUUUGGAUCCGGAGGCCUCGGUGACCGUUUCCUUGGGCGUCGACUUCAACGACUCCACGCAAGCAGCCAACUUUCAGCUAUGCACGAAGGAGGACGGCUUCGGCGUUUCCAUCCAGCCUGCCGUGGGGGAGCUUCUGACACCCUGCGCCCUCUCGGAGACGGAAUUCUGCACGCAGCAAAGUAAACUCCGCGGCAUGAACGAGACCUCGGCGACUAUCUCCACGGCGACGGCCGACUCCUCCAGCCAAGCGGUGGCCGAGCGGGUCCUGUCGGUGGCCAACGUGGGCUCGGUGGCCUCGUCUGAGACUGGCCUGCUCAGGUUUGCGGGUCGUACGGUGAGCAGCCAGGUCCUGGUUCUGAUCCUCGUGGACGCCGGCGCCGCCCUGCUGACCGUCCACAGCGAGAAGAGCGUCAUGGCGUCCAUGUUGCUGCGAGACCUCAAACGGGCCCUGGUCCAGGCGUAGAGCUCACCCCUGCAGGUCUCACCCACGUUACAAAAACGUGAGCUAAUAUUUCAUAUUAUGCAUUCGAGUUGUCCACAGUUGCAUUGUGGGAAAUGUAUGAAAACACUUUGAAUAUAAACCUGUCCAGCCAA